CAGGCGCGUGUAUCCGGUGAAGAAGAAGACGCACGAACCCAAAUAUCCUGAUACAGUUUCUCAACUGUCUGUGACUGAACCCAAAUUCCUGGACGGUGGAGGAGUGCUGGGGAAGAAUGCCUUUCCGUUUCUGCCCCCAGUGUGGGACAAAGUUGCAGCCUGAUUUCAGAUUUUGUCCUUCCUGUGGGGAGAAGCUUCCCUGUCUGACUGAAUCUGAACCUGUGAACUCGGAUUCUUUUGCAAGUCUCUCUCCAUCCAGAAGUGAUGAAGUAGCAAGAUCUUGCGAUCCCACGGAAGGCAAAGACCACGUAUACAUCACAACAACUCCAAUUACGACUCGUCCUGCACUUCGAAAGACUCGUAACUCCCUUCGCCUGGACAGGGAAGUUAAAUUCAACAUUAAAGAUGCCACCCCACCUGUGGUGCCCUCAAUUAAUCCUGUCAGAGAUGACCAGGUUGAAGAUAUUGGCGUUGGAGUCCACACAUCUCCACCAAAGCAACACACAGUCACUUUCAAACUUGACGCGAAGGUAGAGCCAAUUUUAUCAUCUUCAACUUCUCCUGUCACUAAAAGCCCUCGACUUGUCAGGGGAAAGGCAAAACUCUCCAGUCCUGCUAUGAAGCAGGUGGAAGAAGGAAAAAAGUUGAGUGAUAAAACAAGUGGGAAAGCAGAUGGAUCAACAGUCGAUGGCUCUCCUAAAGCUCUCCUUUCUCCAGUUUCCUCACCAAUCUCCAGGUCUCCUUUAAAAGUGACAGGAAAAAGCAAGGCCAAGAAGGCGAAGCAUGUGUCUGCUGUGGAGCCACUACAGGAAGGUGAGGAGGUGACAGACACAACAGGCAAGAAGUGGAAGCUGAUGAAACUGCUCAGUCAAAGCACGACAGAGGUCAUCUACGAAGUUUUGCAAACAGUUUCACGAUCCAGUUUCAAGGAAUCAAAUCAUAUCCUCAAACUGGGAGCUAAAGAUGGAAGAAUUUUCAAUGAGCAGAACUUUCUGCAGAGAGCUGCUAAACCUGCAUCUGUGGACAAGUGGAUCAAGCAAAACAAGUUGGAUUUUUUGGGUAUUCCUUCUUGUGCUGGCUUUGGUCCUCAUGCAGAUUCCUACAGGUUUCUAAUUUUUCCCAACAUGGGCCAGUCUCUCCAGUCCAUCAUUGAGGAUGAGGAUGAUUUUCUGACUGAGAAAGCUGUUCUUCAGCUUGCCAGUAGACUAUUGGAUGUUCUGGAGUAUAUCCAUUCAAAUGAAUAUGUUCACGCUGAUAUUACUGCAGAAAACAUCUACAUCAAACCAGGACAGACUUCACAGGUCUACCUUGUAGGAUACUGCCAUGCUUUCAGGUACUGUCCAGGAGGCCAACAUGUUGAGUACCGUGAAGCCAGCAGGACACCACACGAGGGCACCAUAGAGUUCAUCAGCCUGGAUGCACAUAAGGGAGCAGCGCCAUCCCGACGCAGUGACUUGCAGUCUCUGGGUUACUGCAUGCUGCGAUGGCACACAGGGACGCUGCCGUGGACCGUCCUCACUCAACCGGACCAGGUAGCCACACAGAAACAGAGGUACAUGGAGGAUGUUCCUGCACUGUUGACUCACUGCUUUGGGAAGACGAAAGUUUCCAGUGCAUUUCAAAACUACCUGACUGCAGUGAUGGCUCUGCAGUACAGUGAGCAGCCCGGCUACUCAGCGCUAAAGGCCGGACUCAGUGCAGCCUUACUGCAGAUGGGAGGGUCGCUGGAGCAGCCGCUGAAUUUUUAGAGAAAUUGAACGAAAAGAAGACAGUUGGAAGACGGACUGUGUAUUUUGUUUUUAACUUGUUUUGUCAUGCUGUUUUAUCUGUGAUGUUAAAUGCACUGAAAGCAGAGUUAAUGAGUUUAUUAUGUGCAAAUGAUAGUCAGGUGAUGUUAAUAGGUUUUCACUGGGGUCCUCCUUUUUAAGAAUUCAUUUUUGGGCUGUUUAGAUAAAUUGCACUGCGGUUUUUAGCGUUACAACAGUACCGUGAAUGGGAGAAGGAUUCAAGCUCAGUUUGUGAUGUACAGAUGUUGACACUUUGUUAGUUUGAUAUGUCAGUGUCCUUUUGAAUUUUGUGUGAUUUUAGACAUUUUAACAGAUUGCUAUUUGAAUGGGAGAGCAGGAUCGACAAUGCAAAUGAUUUUUGACUUUCCUGUCAUGAUGUGAACUUGGUAUUGUCAUUUCCUUAAGAUGAGCCAACAUGGAUUUGGCUAAACACAACCGCUCAACCCUUCUUAUAUGUAGACAGAGUGAGUUUGCUUGAAUAAAGUGGCUACGUUUCUUUUUCAAA